CCUAGGACCCCAAUACACCUAAAGAAAACACGAUUCACGACUCUUUAGGCGCACGUAUAAGAGGGAAACGAUAUAUAUCAAAGUGUGGAACAGCGAGGUCUUAGUUGGGACUUCGGUGCAACUCUGCGAACAUUUUUAAAAGCAGACGAUCGCGAAGGUAAUCGAGGCAAUUGUGCCGCAUGGAAGAGCUAAUUUUGUCGUGGAUUUUCAACUUGCCAAAUUGAAAAAGAGCGAAACUUUCGGAAAAAUCGAUGGUUCAGCUGCGCGCCGAUCGCGUACAGGUUAUGUUACUCUUGCUCGGAUAGACACUAACGACGGCUGACAACGCUCACACCCACAGGACCCGGAUUUCCGAGUAUUUUCAAUAUUACGCGUUGCGGAGAAUUGACGAGCGAGUCAGAGAAUUUCUUUAUACAAGGGAGAAAUUCAAGUGACAAGGAAUAACCGUAAGGGGGUAACGUAGCGAGUUAACGUAUUAAAGGCCCUUCGUGAGCUACAAAUUGUAGAACUUCGUCGUCGACAUCGAUAUUUUGUUACCAAAUAGUUGUAGACGAAGGGAGACAAAUAUCAUUACGAUUAGUAAAAGGGGAUUACUUUGUAUUUUCAAUAAAAUAGUCGAGGCCUUUCCCUCAUUAAUAGCUCAAUGAAACUCGCAGCUUUUAAGUACCUUCUACUGGCUAAAACGGCGACGUCUUCGACGAAUGCUCGAGUCCAGCAACGUAACAAGUAUUUCGUAGCCAGAACAGUGCGUGCAGUUACAACAACCACGUCGAGUUGAAAGAUCGCGCUUUUUACGAAUGGAUGAUGCUUGCUAGCGAUGAACGGUAUGGAGAGACAUGGGCAUGGACAUGGGCAUUCACACUCGCAUCAUCAUCACCAUCAUCACCACCAUCAUUCCCAUCAUCAUUCGCAAAGUAGUAGUGGCUCUUUGCAUCAUCACCAUUCCCACAGUAACAGUUCCCACAAUGUGUCCCAUAAUUCAAAUGUCACGGGUCACCAGCAGCAUCAGCACCAGCAACAUCAACAGCAAGUGGUAUCGAAACAUAACCAUGGUCAAUCGCAAGCGCAAAAAGAAUCUAGUGGUAGCUCCGCCACCAGUGGUCCAACAACGCCGCAAAAACCUAGAAAUUACAAGCUGCUGGUAGAUCCAUUUUUAAAGAAAGGGGCAACCAAAGUUUAUAGGUACGAUGGUCUUGUACCUGGUGAUCCCACUUAUCCUGUAGUUCAAGUGAGAGAUCCGCGUUCUCAGUUAACUAGAAUAUGGACUAGGUUAGACAAACUUGAUUUGCCUGUACCAAGAUUCAAGAUCGAUGCUAAUUAUUGUGGAGAGCCACCACCUUUAGAAGUGACAUUUUGUCAUUUGAAUGAUAAUAUAGAUAGGACAUUUCUCUCUGACAUGGUUCAAAAGUUUGGCACCACUGAGGAACUUACGAUAUAUUAUCAUCCUGUAACAAAUAAGCAUCUUGGCAUAGCAAGAGUUGUUUUUGAAACUACAAAGGCUUCUAAAGCAUGCGUAGAAAAAUUAAAUAAUACUUCUGUAAUGGGUAAAGUAUUGAGGGUUUUCUUAGAUGCUUUCGGAGACGAAUGUCGAAAACUUUACGAUGAUUUAACUAUAGAAAAGAAAAUUGAAAAAAAAAUUGAAAAAAAAAUUAAGGAAGAGCCUCCAACUACGGUAGCAGUUGUUCCACCAACGGCAUCGAUUAAGACUGAUGUUGAACAGAAUAAAAGGGGGCAGACUCCUUCUAUGGUUGAAAAAUCUUCAAGUUCAGUCACAGAUGAAAGAGACGAUUAUAGUAGGCAUAAUAAAAAAUCGAACCUCGAUAAAAGCAGGGACUCAUAUGUAGAGAAUUCGAGGUUUUGUAAUAAAGUAACAACGUCUUAUCGCGGUGAUUAUUCGACGCCCGGAAGUACCAGUAUCAGUAGCAGUGACUUGGGCUAUGGUACUGGACCCAGUGAACUGAAUUAUCCUAGCAGUUAUUCACAAAAUUCGACGCCAGUCAGCAAUUAUGAUUACUAUUAUAGCAGUUAUCACCAUCAUCAUCAGCAUCAGCAGGCGCAUCAUCAUCAGAGCACAAAUCAAACAGCCAACUACAUUGGAAGCUUAGCUCAAGGAGUAGUACAGCAGCAGCAACAGCAACAACAGCAACAACAGCAGCAGCAACAGCAACAGCAGCAACAGCAACAACAGCAGCAGCAACAGCAGCAACAGCAACAGCAGCAACAGCAGCAGCAACAGCAGCAACAGCAGCAGCAGCAACAGCAGAAUUUGCUUAAUCAAACGAAUCCCGGCGUUUGGUGGCCGAAUGCGGUCGGAGCGGAGACUCGAGGGGGCAUUUAUCCUCCUAAUGCUUCGUGGCCGACCUCGGGCAUCAUCCCCAACGAUAGUCCGCUAGUCGUGAUGCCGUCAGUGGCUGCUCGUGGCGCGAGUAUUCCCAGCACGGAGAUCGUCACCAUAAAUUCUAACAAGCUGCCGGUCAUGCCGACGAAGAAAAAGGAGUCCACUUUCAUGUCGACGAGCUCGCCCGCGGACUCGGAUACAUCGGCAGUCCACACGCCAACCAAAGAUUCGCGGCGUGAUUCGCCCGUCGAGGUUCGCAAGACACUCGACCUCGACACGAGAAUAGCCAUGUUGCUAAAGGACAAGGCAGGCGGCAUGGCCCCACCCUUCCUACAGUUCGGCAGUGACUCCGAGGAUGAUCACAAGUCCUAUGUCGACGAGGAGAUGCUUUCAAAUCCGCCGAGUCCCUUCCUUACGCACGACCUCUAUGAGUCCUGCUUUCAAAAGACAUUGCAGCGCAACAGGGAGAGACGCAGGGUGCGCGAGAACAGCCUCGGUCAGUUUAACAGGUCCACCAGAGUUGACGAGGACCUUGGCAGUAUCAUAAGCUCGAGCGAGGACGAGGCACUCUUGGGUAGUUACAGCCCGACGACGGCCGCUACCGGGAAUUCCGUCUCGGAUCCAGAACCGCCCAAGGAUCCACCACCGCCUCCUCCACCGCUGGAUGACGAUCGCAUGUCUCUCAGUCCAUUAAGCUCCGGCGAUGAAAAGAUCGAGGAAAUUGCCACGCACGAACCGGUGAAUCAACAUCUAUACACGAAUUACUCAGCCGUGGCUCAGCUGCACCAUUAUGCCGCAGCGACCGCGGCGGCAACGACCAAUCAUCAUCAAGUCUACCAAUCACACCACCACCACCAUCAUCAGCAAGUCCAGCAUCACGUCCAGCAUCAGCAGCAGCAACAACAGCAGCAGCAUUGGCCGAGACCCGCUCAGUACCCAUAUCCGUAUUGCGGGGGUGCGACGACUGCCGCCGCCGCCGCCGCCGCAGCCGCUGCCUACAUUCCCGGUCAGUAUCAAUCGGCUGGGACUACCACGGGACUACAUGGGACUCCGACCAGUGGCAUCGGUCUCGGGCCUCCCACGCAAAAUGCCGGCUUUUAUCCCAACUUUCAAACGAGAUUGCAGGUCAUUGCCAAUCACACUAUCGCCAAGGACAAUCCCCAGGGUCCAACCAUCAAUGGCGUGCUCAACAGAGUCGUUAACGAACUUAAGCAAAUUCUAAAAAAGGAUUUCAACAAGAAGAUGGUUGAGAAUACGGCCUUCAAGCUGUUCGAUGUCUGGUGGGACGAGCGCAAGAAGAAUGAAAAGGCCUUGCCCGUCGGGGUCGGUACCAGUACCAUAAGUAACAACGUCGUCACGACCGCCCCCACCAACAGUGCUGAGGUCGCGCCGGCGAAUGUCGCGAGCAGUACCCCUGCGCCCGUGAAAGAGGAGCCCAAGAACCAAGGCCUUGCCUCGCUCUUAGAACAGGCAACAACGCCACUGGGCCUGAAUUACGAUGGCUUCGGACUCGGCAUCAGGGCUAGCAUGCCAAAAAUGCCGUCCUUCCGGCGCAAAAUGAAGGCCCCGAGCCCGGUUGCACCGCAGGACGAGGAGGAGGACAGCCGACAGUCGAACGAAUGUCGCGUUCCUGACAAUAACCGGACUGCGCACACCGAAACCAUUGACAGCGACAGCGACAUGGAGUCGCUGCACGUUGCGCAGAAGGCGCCUACCAAACGGCAGAUCGCGAGUCUUCCUAGUAGCUCGUCGUCAUCCUCGUCCUCAUCCUCCUCUUCGGAGGAGGACCAGAGCAGUUCUAGCACUAGUAGCAGUAGCAGCGAUUCUUCCAGUUCAAGCGAUAGUUCGGACGAUGAGCUUGGCGACUCGUUAUCGGAUACGAGACGACCACUGGCACGCGACAGCCAGAACCCCGAUAUUCUCAAAGAGCUGGCGGUGCAGAGGUCGUUGACCUGCCGGACACCAGUGAACGGCGAUCGGACUCCAAUACCGACUUUGGAGAUAUUCGACGGACGCGGCCAGGAAGACUUCCCUCAAAUUGAGGAUUAUAACGAGGGCGACGAGGAGGGCCAGCGAGAGGCCUACCUCGCCGCGGAAACCAAAGAGGAUUACAGGAAGAGGGAAAUUAAGGAGGAGUCACUCAACGAUGUCAAACCAAACGAGGUCAAGAACGCAAAUGAACUUCUCGUUCAGAGACACGCAUUGCCUCCGGAAUGGCCUGGUCGAGCAAGUACCGAUUCAAUUAUAAGUGUCCCCGUGAAACAGGAGCCGACGGAAUUAAACGCGCCGCACGAUAUCAGAAAUAUGGAGAACUCGGCGGUGGAGGCUCUGAUAUCACUCGCAGGCCACGAUAAUACUGUCACGAGGGUAGCAAGCCCAGUUGUUACCACAGCCCCUAUAGUCGAGUCCAACAUAAUCAGGAAGUUGCAAACGAUGUCCGAUAGGUACAUCAAUGACGAGCCUAUUCUCAAGGAGUCUGAAAAAAUCGAAAUGUUUAGUGAGAUACCGACCGAUGAUUCUGAAGAAGAGAGUUUAGAAAUUCGAAGAUUCCAAUCUGACGAAGAUGGACAGAACAGAAUUGGAAUACAACCUAGAUUACAAGUUUCUCGAGUUUAUCUAGAGCAUUCUUAUUCUCUGCCGCCUGCUCUUGCGCAACAUCAACAACAUCAACAAUUACAGCAGCAGCAACAACAGCAACAGCUGCAACAACAAAUACAACAGCCUUUGUUGGAGCAACAGUCACGGUUACAGCAGCAACAGCAAAAAUUAAUAACGUCGAUACAACAGCCAUUGGUUCUAACGCCGCCAGAUAUUCGUAUUGGUGACACCGCGAAAACGGUGAAAUCUGCACCUAUAAUCAAAACGUCAGAGAAAUCCGAUUUGAAUACUUCCAAUAUCGCGAAGGAGCGUGCAGAGAAAAAGAAGAGUAAACACACAAAGGUCAAUAACAAUGCCGUGCUACUGGAGAACAAUCGUGAACGCGAAAAGGAGAAUAUUCGCGUAUUACCAUCAUCGUAUGGGUAUGACAGAAUGAUGACACCGUCAUCGAUGCAGGAAUCACUACCCCCAGCGCACCACUAUGCGACACCAACUAUUUACAAGGAACGCGAUCUCAUGUCCGAAAUGGAGAUACUUUACGAAUUCCUAACACGUGGUAUUGAUCACGAAGACAUUGAAUACUUACGCAGGAGUUAUGAAGCUUUACUUGGUGAUGAUACGCAGAGUUACUGGCUAAACGAUACGCAUUGGGUGGACCACCCAGCCACGGAUGUGCCAAGUCCGGCUAAGAGGCGGAAGAGGGACGAAGUACGGUUGCACGUGACUGGCUGCGCCAGAACCGAGGGUUAUUACAAAGUUGAUAUAAGAGAAAAAUUAAAGCAUAAGCACCAUUAUGCACAAAGUGUUCAACGAAACGAGGACAUACGGGAUAGUUCUGGAAAUAGUAAUCGCGUACUUGGUGGAUUAGAUGGAAGCGGUGGAUUAACAAUCAAUGGACCAAAGGUUAAUUCGAAAGCUUUGACCGGGAAAAUGCAGGCAUUGUCACGAGAAGCCAGGAGUAAUCAGAGGCGCUUACUAACGGCCUUUGGUAUUGACACUGACAGUGAUUUACUUAAAUUUAAUCAACUGAAGUUCCGGAAAAAGCAAUUGAAGUUUGCUAAAUCUGGAAUUCACGAUUGGGGAUUAUUUGCCAUGGAGCCAAUAGCAGCUGACGAAAUGGUGAUAGAAUAUGUCGGACAGAUGGUUAGACCAGUAGUUGCUGAUCUGCGUGAGGCGCAAUACGAAGCCACGGGUAUCGGCAGUUCCUAUCUAUUUCGUAUUGACUUGGAUACAAUUAUCGAUGCGACUAAAUGUGGAAAUCUUGCUCGAUUUAUUAAUCACAGCUGCAAUCCUAAUUGUUACGCUAAAGUUAUUACAAUCGAGAGCCAGAAAAAAAUUGUGAUUUAUAGUAAACAACCAAUUGGAGUUAAUGAAGAAAUAACGUAUGACUACAAAUUCCCACUGGAAGAUGAUAAAAUUCCUUGUUUGUGUGGAGCACCUCAAUGUCGAGGAACUCUUAAUUAAAAAAAACUCAUUUUAUAUUGCUUCAUCAUGCUCAUCUCUCCCAUUUUCCUUCUCUGUACUAGGCAUUGUGCAUUGUGUCUCACUCAUAUUUUUGUAAAUAAAAAAAAUCUUCAUGUAAACGUUUUAUAAGAACAUAC